AUGGCCGAAUCACCCCAAACCACCGUUCUCGUUACCGGUGCUGGUGGUCGUACAGGACAAAUUGUGUACAGAAAAUUAAAAGAGAAGCGAGACAAAUAUAUUGCUAGAGGUCUAGUUAGAACAGAAGAAAGCAAACAGAAAAUUGGUGGUGCGGAAGAUGUUUUCAUUGGGGAUAUCAGAGAUGCUGAAAGUAUUGUGCCUGCAAUUCAAGGUAUCGAUGCUCUCAUAAUUCUCACUAGUGCGGUGCCACAAAUGAAACCUGGGUUUGAUCCAACCAAAGGUGGAAGACCUGAGUUUUAUUUUGACGAUGGUGCAUUUCCUGAACAGGUUGACUGGAUUGGGCAGAAAAAUCAAAUAGAUGCUGCUAAGGCUGCAGGAGUGAAGCAUGUCCUGUUGGUCGGGUCUAUGGGUGGAACAAACCCUAACCAUCCUUUGAACAGUUUGGGAAAUGGAAAUAUAUUGGUUUGGAAAAGAAAAGCUGAACAAUAUCUGGCCGAUUCUGGCCUUCCAUACACGAUCAUAAGACCUGGUGGCUUGCUUGAAAAAGAUGGAGGUAAUCGGGAACUGAUUGUAGGAAAGGACGAUGAACUUCUUCGGACCGGAGACAAAACUAUACCUAGAGCUGAUGUUGCAGAAGUCUGCGUUCAGGCACUGAAUUAUGAGGAGAUUAAAUUCAAGGCAUUUGACUUGGCAUCAAAAAGUGAGGAAGUAGGCGAACCAACAAAGGACUUCAAGGCUUUGUUUUCACAUAUCACUUCUCGUUUUUGA